AUGGGGAAGGAAAAAAACAAAAAUGACUCUGGGUCAAAAACCACGGCUCCCAAAAAGCGACCAGCACCCAAAUCCAAACCCAAACCACCACCAACACCAAAAUCACCACCACCCGCAUCAGCAACAGCCGAAAAGGAGUCCCCCGACGAGGAGCUCCAGCACCAGCAGGCCCUCCUCGACAUCUUCAGCGCCGCCUUCAGCCGCACGCUCAGCAGCGCGGAUUUCACAGCGCGCCUGCAGGAGGUCAAGGCCCUGCUGUACGCGCGCGACUUCGACGCCGCGUUCGGGCGCGAGGGCAACCUCGACGUCUACGCCGCGCGGUGGAGCCCCACGCGCGCGCUGUGCUAUGGUUGGGUCCUGUCCGAGAUCGGGGCGCAUCUGGAGGGGCUGAUCGUUGAGAAUGGUUAUGGUGGUGGUACUGGCAGCAAUGUUGGUGUCCGACAGGAGGGUGAUGAUGGCGAUGAUGGCGAUGAACGUGCUGACGCGGGAGGUCCGGUGGCAAACGAGUCUCUAUCUGCAAGUCUGCCAUCGGAGAAAGCACCCGAAGCGCCAACAAGAAGUCUGAGGAUGCUCUCCAUAGGCGGCGGCGCAGCCGAGAUCGUGGCUUUCGCAUCGUAUCUGCAUACGUGUGGUCUUCACAGUUCUACCACUACCACUACAGAGACAGACGACACCACACCCACGACGCCCACGACGCCCACCGCAGACACGGAUCUCACAGGCAAACUCACCCUCCUCGACACCGGUCCCUGGGGUCGCAUAACGCAAACCCUCCAAACAGGCCUAACAACCGCACCCCCUCCGCAAUCCGCCCAAACCGAUGCUCAACCCCUAAUCCAACCCACCCACCUCCACUCAACCUUAACCCAGCAAGACAUCCUCUCGCUCUCCUCGGCCCAGCUAUCAGACCUUCUUCUUCCCAUCGCAGGAACCGCCCAGCCGCUCCUCAUAACCCUGCUCUUCACGCUCAACGAGCUCUACACCGCCGCCGGCAUCGGCCCCACCACAGCCUUCCUGCGGCGACUGACCGCAACCGUGCCGCCCGGUUCGCUGCUGCUCGUUGUCGACAGCCCGGGCAGCUACUCCAAGGCCGCCGUGGGGCGCGAGGCGAGGCGGUACCCGAUGCAGUGGCUGCUGGACCACACGCUGCUGGAUCAGAAGAAGAGGAAGGAUGAGGACAAGAAGAAGCUGGACUCUGCCGACGAUGACGGCGGCUGCAGGUGGGAGAAGCUCGAAUCACACGACUCGGUGUGGUUCCGGCUCGCCGACGGCCUGCGCUAUCCAAUUGCACUGGAAGACAUGCGGUACCAAAUGCAUUUAUAUCGCGCCUGUGCGCGCUCUACUGAUUAA